GCACAGUCUCGCUAUGCGUGCGCCAAAAUACCCGCAUGAAAAGUAAGCGCAGUGCUCUCCAUCUGUCCCUUUCAAACUAGCUUCUCAAUUGCACUGUAAUGAGGAUAUACUGCACAACUAACUGCAAGACGGUGUGCCCAAGAUCCCGUCUGUGUCACUCGCUUAUUUUCGUGCACAGAAGUGACCAUAAAUUUAAUCGCAAUGGCAAGAUUUCUUGUUUUACAUAUAUUUCUACUGAAAUGCUUAAUUAUUCUGGUAAUUAGUCAGUCACAGUUCCAAGGGCUUGUAAAACCAUGGAAGCACAGGAUUCAAUGGGAAUAUAACGGCCAGGUAUAUAGCUUACUGAGCACCGAUACGGAAUAUCAAGCGCCGACACAGGCAAAAAGGGAUACUCAAUUUUAUCUGAGCACCAAACGAGAAAUUAAUAGGCACUCUCUGUCUGCAUCGACUGGCAGGUCAUCCGGAGGCAGAGAAAUGUAUCUGAAAACCGAAUUCCUAAAACAUGAUUUAAACCAAAAUCAUGGCAAUAUUCAACAAACAAAUCAUCACUCGAAAACCAAUGUGCACAGACCAGAAGUUGGGCGCAACAUUCCUGCUGCCUUUCGCACUUCUGGAGCGAGGAACCUGUUGUCUGGGUCAUCCCAUAGAGAACAGGUUGCAGGUUCCCCUGGGGCUCGAAGCGCGUCCGUGGGAGCGCGCUCUGGGGCAAAUUCUACACCGUCGUUGACAAUUAGCGAUCCUACUGGCAACGGAGUUCCAAGAGGAGGAGGAAAUCAUGCUCGUAAUUACAAUGUAUUUGCUGUUUCAAGACGGGCUCAUGCUUCUCCAGAAAUAUCCACUGAGUUCCCCCGAGGUCUCGAUGGUCGCGGAGGGUCUACAACAGCGGAAAGCAAGAAUCCCGUAGAUGAAGGCACAAGGGAACCUAUUAAUCCUCUCCGGUUGGAAACCAGUGACGGCGCAGCUCAAGUGAAUGAUCACAAGACACUUGUUGGUGAUGAUUCUAAUUAUGCUAGAUCCCCGCAUGUGCUUUCUGAAAAUAGCAAUGAUGUUGGAAGAGAGAGUAUUAUGCCAGAGUCUGGCAAAACGGCAGACCCCAGUGAUAUGGUUGGAGAUGAUCCACGGUAUCCCUUCAUAAACAACGGGAACACCAUUCUCUAUAACGCCUACCGACCCCGUGGGAGAACAAGGGCUCGCCGUCUGCAAGGGUCUGGAUACGGAACAAGAUAUUUUCUCAACGGACUCCCGGACCUCAUUCCGGACCCUUAUUAUAUUCAAGCAUCUACUUAUAUACAGCGCGUGCAGAUGUACGCCUUAAGGUGUGCCGCCGAGGAGAACUGUCUGGCCAGGUCAGCGUACAGGCGAAGUGUCAGAGACAUUGACUUCAGGAUGCUGCUUCGGUUCCCCCAGAGGGUGAAGAAUCAAGGCACAGCAGACUUCCUUCCCCUGAAGCCCCGGCACCAGUGGGAAUGGCAUAGCUGCCAUCAGCAUUACCACAGCAUGGAUGCCUUUAGCACCUACGACUUGCUAGAUGUGUCCACUGGGCGGAAAGUCGCUGAGGGACACAAAGCAAGUUUCUGCUUGGAGGACACCACCUGUGAUCCAGGAUUCCAAAGGCGAUAUGCCUGCACAGCACACACACAGGGAUUGGGUCCUGGUUGCUAUGACACCUAUGACUCCGACAUUGACUGUCAGUGGAUUGACAUCACAGAUGUGCCUCCUGGUAAUUACAUCCUCAAGGUUACAGUGAACCCAACUUACCAAGUACAAGAAUCUGAUUUUUCCAACAACGCUGUGUGGUGUGACAUCACAUACACUGGAUCUUUUGUCCAAGCGCAGAACUGCCAGAUAAGGGGCAUCUAAUCUACCCAAUGUGCUAAUAAGGCCAUCAGAAGUGAGUUUCUGCUCAAAAAAAUAGAACUUUAUGCCAUCAAAGUUUUUACCUUGAUGGAAACUAACUGAGACUAACUUGGGAUAUUUUUUUUUACCAUACAGACUUAAAUAUAUUUCCCAUACAAAUAAAUAUUUCUGCACUUUUCAAACAUAACUGAAAUUCAAAGUAAGAAAGGAAAAGAUGAGUGCACCAAUAUGUGAUUAUGUAUUCAAUUGUAUAGCUUUUUAAUUUAAAAGUAUGUAAUAUUUUAACUCUGUUUAAUUAACUCCUCAAAAACAGAAAACAUUCAUUCUUAAGUUAUUUUUGAUGUACUGAAGGUGUUUUAAUGAAGGAAUUCAUGUAUGAUAGUAUUUUUAUUCUGAAAUGAACCACCCAUUGGCAAUAAAGAACCAAGUUCAAAUAAAUCCCUCAAAGUCAUUUUAUGUGCAUUCUGAAUACCAUUUCCAUGUUUAAAUAUUAGCCUUUUAUGUACCAAAUAUCAAUAUGUAUGCAUGUAUGUAUGUUUGUGUGGUUUUUCCCCGCAAAAUUUAAUGGAAUCAUGCUGCUUAAGCACAUGAACUUGAAUACUUGCUGUAAAACAGUUUUGUUCCUAGUGGGUGAAUUUAUUUAGAGCUUUUUUAUUUAGUUUGUUUUGUAUGAAAUAACUGUUCUCUGUAAAGUCAGUAUGGUUGUUUUAUUUGUGUAUGUCCAAAAAAACAGUGACUGAAAUUUAAUGAAAAUAAAUAAAUGAA